GACAGAGAGAGAGGUUACAGGCUAUAGGUAGAGAAGAGUAGUAUAAAAAUGACUUCCGAUGGGGGCUUGAAGCGGAGAGCGCGAAGCGGAGAGCGCGAAUCUUGCCAUCCCUAUGAUCAAGCUUCCAUUGAUUUUUUACUACUUCUGGAAGAAGAUUGGAGAGAUGAUACUUUGUUGAUUUAAAUUCUUCGAAGAGCCAAGGGUUUUUUCGGAGACGAAAGAUUGUCCUCUCCACCUUUCAUUUUUUUCUCACUGAUUUCACCAAAUUUAACAAUAUUUGAACCUAGGCGAUUUGAACUGCCGCAGAUUUUGGGACUAGAGGUGUCUAGUACACAUGCGAGAGCGGAUGGACCGGUACCACUACCACAAGCGCGGGGGAGGCGGAGCGGGCGGUAAGAAUACCGGUCGUGUACCAUCUCCUCCUGAAAGGCCAAAGUUGCUUCUAGGUUGGGGAAAGCGAAAGAGGCUCAGGGGCGUGAAGUUCUCCCGGAAGAAAAACACCGUCACCGUCGCCGUCGCCGUCGCCGUCUCCGCCGUGGUGGCGGAAAAGAGUAUAGCGGCUCCUAGGGCCCGCCGAGCCGGCCAAUCCGACAAGGAGCAAGCCGCCCAUGGACCGCGCUUAAAUUCAUUGAGGAAUUUGGAUGAAAAUGGGGGGACCAGAGGGGGAGGGGGUCAAGAAAGGUCAUCACCGCCUGAGGCAGUGAAUGGUGGAGGGGGGCCACGGGGUUCAUCUGAGAAGGGUGGAUCAUCGUCUGGAAGCGAUGGGGCAGAAUGGCCAAGGAUUGAAAUUGCUUUGACAAUGCAGGAGAAGGAAGAGGAUUUCUUGGUCUUCAAGGGGACCAAGCCUUCCCUCCGUCCCAAGAAGCGGGCCAAGCCCAUCCAGAAGAAUGUUAAUCUGAUGAGCCCAGGUACGUGGCUGUGUGAUCUGUCCCUGGAAAGAUACGAAGUCCGAGAGAAAAAAACCUCCAAAAAGAGGCCAAGAGGAUUGAGAGCAAUGGGAAAUAGGGAUAGUGAUUCCGACUAAGUAGCAGGCGUAGGACUGGAUGAAAGAAAUAUAUGUGAAGAUCAGGAAUGGCGAACUGAUGGAUUAACCGUGUUCUGCGCUUUGGCGCAAAAAUGCUGAUACUGUAAGAGCCAGAAUUUGUUUGGAGUGAAGUGCGCGUGAAUCAGGAAUCAUCUGCACAUGGACAGAGUGAGGGUGGGAGAGAGAGAGAGUUCUCAUGUCAAACUCAAAUGAACAUGAAAUCUAAAUGUAUUUUCUUUUUCGCUCGUAUUUUUUCUUUAUUUGGCUGAAGUAAUAAAUUUUCUUUUAGUCUUAUUGUAGCUUCUGUCAUUUUGCUGAAGUAAAUCUAAAUUAUGAUUAGAUUUUGGAAUGAUUUAAGCUAUAUAU